UUCAGGAAUAACGGGACACUAGCUGUCGAAUCUUUACUCUUAAGUAUUAUGGCGUUUGUGGUCAGAUUUUCGUGUGCGGUAGUUACUAGGUUGCUUUUCAUUCUUAUCUCACUCAUCGGAGUUUGGAGAGUGACAUUGGUUAAAGAUGACAAUAUCUACUGGUUUAUGACAUUCCUCUUUCUACCUCUCGUUGUCGAAAUGAUAAUAACUUUGAAAAGAAGAAAGGGAAAAGAUUAUAAAUGGUUCUCGCCAGCCAUUAUGUUGUUCCUUGUCAGUAUCAUUCCAUCCAUCUGGAUUCUGGAACUACAUCAUCAGCAUCACAACUCUAGUGACCUCCAGUGCAAGAAACUGGACUCAUGGGAAAAUGUGAGAAGCAUGAUUUCUCGGAACGAAACGGUGGGGAAUUUAACGGUUCAAACCUAUCUAAAGGGUCUUGACCAACUCUUGUCCACGGUUUGUCCCAACGACUGGAUCCUGGCCCUCCAUCAGAUCCUUCUAAUCCUACUCAUCAUAGGGAAGUGGCUCCUCCCACUGGGGGGCGGGGUCACACGGGAGGAGCUCUCCCAGCUCCUGCUCAUCUUCGUUGGCACAGCAGCUGACAUCUUGGAGUUCACCAGUGAAACACUGUCUGAUGUCAAGGAAAACAGCCCUCAGCUGGUGUACAUCAUCUUGGCGGUGUGGACCUGGAGCAUGUUACAGUUCCCUCUCCAUCUGGCCGUGGUGAACUCAAAGCCAGAAAGUGAGGGUGAAGGCCAAGGCGAUUCCCUCCUGACCAUGCACAGCACAGACAUAUGGAGCAUCAUUGAGAGCCUAUUCAUCCAGGAUGGCCCUUUCCUUGUGGUCCGGCUCACCGUCAUGACCUACUUUGAUGUCUUUCACCAGAUGUUGGUGUUCUUUACCAUUAAAAACUUCCUGGUGGUCAUCCUGAACUUCUACCGGCUGGCCGUCAUAUGCCAGAACUACAGACCUGUAGUCAGGUCCAGAAGCAGCAGUAAUAUCCCUGAUUGUAGUAGGGUAGAGGUGGAGAGGAAGUAUGGGGAGGGGAGGUUGGAGAGAGACAAGGUUCCUGCCUCUGCUUUGGAGGAAGUUAAUACAGAAAGUACCAUUACGUAGUGCACUGUUUAUACAAUGCACAAGUUCAAUAUUGGACAGGAUUUGUGAGUUCAAAAGCUGGAAUUAAUUAUCUGACUUGACAUUUCCAUGCGUAAAGAGAAGGAGAGACAGAAACCGUUUAAAAGUCACAAGCAUAUAUUCCAUUUCAGCUCAGCUGAUUUUCUACAGUAUUUUAACUUUUUUGUAAUGUUUUUACCCCUUUGACAAAAAUGACAUGGCUUAGAAGUUUACCCCCAAAGGUAUGUGGAAUAGAAUUUAAAAAAAUUGUUAGCAAACAAAGAGUAUGACUGAAAAGGUAGGCAGCCAAAUGUAACUGUCCACAGCUGACAAAAUCUACCCAAUUUUGUUUUCCAAUGGGUUGCUUUUGACGAUGGGAAAAGGUGUGAUUAUGCAGUGGAUUCGGAAAGUAUUCAGACCCCUUCCCAUUUUCCACAUUUUGUUACGUUACAGACUUAUUCUAAAAUUGAUUAAAUAAAAUGUUCCUCAUCAAUCUAC